ACCCAUCCUAAAACCCGUCUUCUUCCCCACCCGCUCUCUCUUUCUCUCUCCCCCCUUCUCCCUCUCUCUCUCUCUAGACCUGCGGAAAUGUGGCGGUCACUCCUACGAACCUUCGCUUCAGCCCCAUCAACCACCAUCAAGCCCCCAUCAAGCCCCUCACCAACCUUAUCUCAUCUCUGUUCUUCCAGAGAUUACUCCGUGAAGAGCAACAAAGCGGUAAUAACGAAGGCCAAGAAGGGCAAAUCCAAGUCCGAUGCCAAAUCCGACACCUCCUCCUCCGCCGUCUCCGCCGCCGACGAGUUCGACGACGAGGACGUCCGCGCUCGCCGCCUCGCCGAGGACGAGAGCGACAGGUCCCUCGACGUGGGGCCCAAUGGCCGCCCCCUUUUUACUUCCACUCCUUCACUCUCUCAGCUCUCCCGUACGGACACCUGCACUUACAUGAAAUUCAGCAUGGAGGAAUUGAAUGCGGUGUUGCCCGAGGGAUUGCCUUUGGGGAUGGUGAAGGAGUUUGAGGAGUCAAAGCAAACCGCAUUGCUUGUUCGCCGGAGUUUCUUGGACCUUCGUGACAAUUUCAGGCGGAUUGUUGACCCUCCCUUGCAGUCCUUUGAUGCCAAAGAUUCAAAGGUUCGAAAGCAAAUUGUUUUGGAUGGUCCUGUUAGUUGUGGCAAAAGUAUUGCACUUGCAAUGCUUGUUCACUGGGCCCGUGAUGAAGGUUGGCUUGUUGUCUAUGUCCCAAAUGGUCGAGAGUGGACGCAUGGAGGAGUUUUCUACAAGAAUCAACAAACUGGUUUUUGGGACACACCUGUUCAAGCAGCAACUGCUCUUCAGGACUUUCUGAAGUACAAUGAAUCCCGCUUACAACAAUUGCCGUGCAAAAUAUCUGAUCCUAUCCCGUUGGGAGAGGGUGCUGGUGUUGGGUGGAUGAAAGGGGUUGAUUCCAUGGCAAUGCCUGAAGGUUCAACACUAUACGACCUCAUUCAAACAGGAGUCACUCACACGCAUGCUGCUGUAGGAGUGCUAGUUCAUUUGAGGAAAGAGUUAUCUCUUGUAAAGGACAUACCCAUCCUCCUUGCUAUCGACCAAUAUAAUAAUUGGUUUACAUUUAGUGGCUAUGAGGAACCUGUAACUGUUCAUUCUUGCCGGCCUGUGCAUGCUAGAGAACUUGCAAUGGUGAAUGCAUUUAGGUCUAUGAUGCACAAUGACAUGAUGGUGGGUGCUUUCUCUCACUCAACAGCAGUAGGGAAGUUACGCAAGGACUUGCCAGAUGUUCCUGCAGAUGCUCGCAUAAAUUUUACCCGCUACAAUUUAGAUGAAGCCGCUUCUGUUUGCCACUACUACCUCAGGCAAAGACUCGUACGCCGUGAAGCAUUCUCUGAGGAAGGUUGGAAGAAGAUAUUCUACUUGUCCAACGGAAAUGGAUCAGAGAUGAGAUGGCUACUCCCGUUUAUGAGGUGAUCAUCCAAGGUGCAAUGUACUUAGAUUCAAGACAGCAGAGUUAAUUUUUUUGCUCUCACGGCUUUUGGCUUUUGAGACUCUGGUGGCAUAUAAAUGUGAUAUCACUAUUACUGGUUCUUGAUGUCUCAAGGAGGUCGAUGCAGUCAGCUAUCUGGGAGUCAGAUGACUUUACGUCUCUAUUUUUGGUUGAGGAAAGUUUUUUUUUUUGUAUCCCUUCGAUUUGUAGACUGCAAUUGUAACAUAUAUAUACUGGCCUUCACAUUCCUACUAAGAUCACAGCUAGGAAAAAUAAGGGGAAAAAAUGGCUCCUCUGUUGAUGUUUAACAUUGCAGUUGCAUUGUUGUGUUGAACGGUUGUUCCAUCAUAUAUUGACUCUGAUUAUCCCA